AUGGCGUACAAAGGGAAAAAGAAGAAAGAAAGCAUCUUGGACUUGUCUAAGUACAUCGACAAGACCAUCCGAGUGAAGUUCCAGGGUGGCCGGGAAGCCAGUGGGAUCCUGAAAGGGUUUGACCCACUGCUCAACCUGGUGUUGGACGGAACCAUGGAGUACAGGCGAGACCCUGAUGACCACUACAAGCUGACGGAGGAUACACUGCAGCUGGGGCUCGUGGUGUGCCGCGGCACCUCGGUGGUGCUUAUCUGCCCACAGGAUGGCAUGGAGGCCAUCCCCAACCCAUUCGUGCAGCGGCAGGAUGCUUAG